UGUAUAUAAGCCACUUCCCUGGAACACUUAGAACAGAGCAAUAUUCCAGGAUAUUUCCAAAGGAAACAGAGGUAAAUUGCUAAAUAAACGCAGACAUGAAGGUCCUUGCACUGGUUGUAUUGAUCAUCGCUGUUAGCGGAUUGGAAGCUGGACUUGUGAAGAGGGAAGCCGCAAAUAUUCCCAAUUUAGACCAGAUUACUCAGAUCUUUAAUGCCUGGGCUGAGACAAUUAAAUCCAGCACUCAAGACCUGAUUGAGAAGAUCAAGAGCGGUGAAGCCCAAAGUCAUGCGGAACAAUAUUUGGAACAGACCAAGGCACAAGCAGAACCACUGAAGGCUGAGAUGGAAAAAUGGAUCUCUCAGAUUGUUGAGAAAAGCAAACAAGCCUUCAGCAAAUAAUUUUGUAGAAACAAGACACCAAAAAUAAAUGUUCUAUCACCUGUCAUUGCUGCUGUUUGUUACUGUCUGUCUUUCAAAAUGCUCCAUGUCUGUGUUUAAAUAAAGUUUUUUUUGUUGAAAACAAAAA